GAAGGCUUUGGAGUGAUCUGACUUUGGCCUUCCAGUACCUGAAGAGAGCCUACGAGAAAAAUGGAGAGGAGCUUUUUACAAGGGCACGUAGUGACAGGACAAAGGGGAAUGAUUCCAGCUGAAACAGAGUAGGUCUGGAUUAGAUACUAGGAAGAAAUUCUUUAUUAUGAGAGUGCUGAGGCAUUGGAACAAGAUUGCCGGAUAAGUUGUGAAUGCUCCAUCCUGGGAACUUCAAGGCCAGGCUGGAUGGGGCUCUGAGCAGCCUGGUCUAAUGGAAGGUGUCCGUGCCCACAGCAGGGGACUGGAACUAGGUGACUUUUAAAGUCCCUUCUAGCCCAGACCACUCUGCUCUUCUGUGAACUCUAGUCCUGAGCUCUGUGCUAUGGGACAGCUUGGUACAUGUCAGGGCUCAGGAGCCAGAGGGCUGUAAUGUCAGUAAACAAAGAUAUGGUGCGGGUGGGAGGCUUUCACAUAGAGAUGUGUUGUGCAGUUUUAAGGUUUGAUAGAGUGGAUAUUAAGUCUGUGAGCUCUGACGUGACCAGUCUGGGUAGCCACUAGUUGUCUAAUGUGACAACUGCCAAGCAGCCCAUAACUUCUGGGCAGGAUUUUGUGUCAACUUAAGAUAAAUACCCCUGAAAAUUUGCUGUAUGGGCACAUCCUAAACCUUUGGAGAGCUUGCUAGAAUGGAUUGUAGACAUCCUGUCUUGAUACCUUGAUCAGAUUGGAAAUUCUUGCACUAAGCAAUGGUCCUGGUGCAGUGGAUGUUUCACAGAGUACCAGCCAGGAUAAUCUUCAAGGGUGGAUGACAGAACCAACCAGCCUUUCUGCAGGUGCAGAAGAGAAAAGAGAGAGUGUUCCCACACAGCUAAUGAAGCAUAAAAAUGAAGUUGGUGUUGCUUCUGAGGAACUUGGCUUACCAAAUGCAGCUGCAGACCUGAAAGAGCAACCUACAUCAGAAAUAAGACAAGACUGUCUAUACAGAAGUAGUGGGAGACCUGAGAAGACCAAUAUGAUUAAGUCUCCUGUGAUGGAUCAGGAUGCAUCUAGAAACUGUGAACUAUACUUACCUGUGUCUAGUAAUCGUUCAGCAGUGGAGUCAUCUGAGGAGAGCGAGGAGGACAUGUAUCGUGAUGAAGAAGAAAUAGAGAGAGAGAAAAUACUACUUUGUGAAACAAACUCAUCAGAAUAUAAAUUGAGUGUUUCACCUGAAAUGGACAUCAUGGAAUAUUGCAGAAAGGAAUGGAGAGGAAAUACGCCAGCAGCAAAAAGGAUGAGAAAGGGAUAUGAAGCAGUUUCUCAGAAGUUUGCAUCUAUAAGGAGAAUACGAGGUGAUAACUAUUGUGCUUUCAGAGCAACUCUUUUCCAGGCAUUAAGCCAAGCUACCCAGUUACCCAGGUGGCUGCAGAGUGAAGACUUUACUACGCUUCCUGAAAACUUGCUGAGCAAGUAUGACUGGAUCAAGCAGUGGCAGCUCAGACAGAAACCUGGCAAGAGGAUGGGAGAAAUAAGUGAUGAAAUAAAAGAGUAUUUAAUACUUCUAAGGAAAAAGUGGAAGAAUAUAAGUGAAAUAAAGAGUCCCCUUGAGAAACAAGAAGCUUGUGAUAAAUUGUUUAAAAAUGAAGAGGAGGAGUAUAGUCUCUAUGAAGCGCUGAAGUUUUUGAUGCUUAACACUGCCAUUGAAUUAUACAAUGCCGAUAAAAGUGGAAGAAGAGUGCCUGUCUUCUCCUGGCUUUUGUUUGCACGGGAUACAUCCAGCAACCCUUGUCAGUUAAUGCAUAAUCACUUGAAUCAUAUUGGUCACAGUGGAGGCCUUGAGCAAGUGGAAAUGUUUCUUCUUGCUUAUGCUCUGCAGUAUACCAUCCAAGUGUACCGACUCUAUAAGUACAGCACUGAUGAGUUCAUCACACUUUACCCCAAUGACCCAGAGGAGGACUGGCCUGUGGUGACUCUCAUAACUGAAGAUGACAGACAUUAUAAUAUUCCAGUAAGAAUGUGCCAAGAGACGAUGCUCUGAACAAGUAAUUUUUGGUAGACAAACCCGUGCUGCUUAUGGAGGUUUCCCAUACUAUUUUGAAACAAGACAACGACAAAAUCCAUGUGAUUAAAUCAACACCUUGAAAUCUGUGUUUUGGAAGUUGACAUCUGAAAUGAAGUAUCAAAUAGGUACUAUCUUAAAUAGUAAAAGUUUGGCAAGCAUGGCUUUGUUUUCCAUUAAAAAAAGGAAGCUUCUGCAGUCCUUUCUUAGAAGGACUUACUCUGAAUAAAAUUGCCAAAACUAUAGAUUUAUUCCUUUUAUUUCUUUUAGUGAGGCUCUGUGGUAAUACAUGAGCUAACCUUUUGCUCCCCAAAAUAAUAACAAUUGAAAUUUCUGGGAAAGUAAGGUGGCAGUGUCUUGGCAGAUGUUUGUAGUAGUGCUUAGAAGCCAUUUAUACAAAAUUGGGUUGUGGGAAGUAAUAAAACUCUUUUGCAGUUGGAAUUCAAUGCCUGCCGUGGUUUAUGCUAUAAGAGAGAUAUUACUUAAGGUUUUCUAAUGCUUUGGGUUUUUUUUUCCUACAUAAGUGAGAUAUUACUUAGAAACCAGUUAUCUGUUACACUGAAAAUGAGCUGCUCUUCCCCUUUCAACCUGUGGAGAGGGAUGUGGUAAAUACAAUAAGGGAGUAUAAAAAUUGUUUGAUAGUCAGUCACAAAGUCAAAGACUACACAGAAUUCCCACUUAAAUUAUGACAGCUGGUAGGAGAUAGACGCAUGUCUCUUAACUUCCAUGUCUGUUCAUGUUAUUGUUCCUGUAGUGUUAAUCCUCUCUGGAAGCUGCUCUGGAGAACAUGAGGAUUUUAAUUUGUCCAGGGAGUGCAGUAGAUGGGAAUAAACUUCUGGUGCAGCUUACUCCUCCCAAGAGUGGAGAUAUGAGAGGUUCUUCUGUUCCUGCUUAGUUAUUCAUUAUGCUUUAAAACUGAAAGAAUACAGAAUGUAUCAGAUGCUGGAAGUGCUGUCAGAUCUUUAAAACGUAAUUAAAUAAAGAAGCAUUCAGCUUUUAGGUUCAAGUAGAAGUAUGUCCUACAGAUGACUUUUGGAACAAGAGAGUGAAAGCUGAUUUAAGUGAAAUGCUGGUCAUACACGAGUCACUUAGAAGGCCUUUGUAUGUAAAUGGGGUAAGUUUAUAAAAACUUCUCAUUUGAAUAUUCUGGACAAAGUGGCAUGCAAAAUUCUUCUAUUCGAGUUGAAAUUAAUUUGUUAACUAUUAUUGUGAGAGGUGAUAUACACAAUGAAACUGUAUUCACAAUGUUCUAAAGCCUUUUAAACACACUAAGGAGGCUUAUCAUGUACUCUGUUAUAUUUGUCAUGUUUUCAUUGCCUUCUAAAUCAAUUCAUUUGUUACUGAAAAUUUCUGGGAGCUAUAAGGGAAUAAAAAUAAGUUUAAUAAAUUUA